CAAACACAUUGUCAAAGUCAGUUAUUGAGGAGCUGGAGUUUUGAUUAUAAAAACAUAGCUCUGUUUGAAGGAGUUUUGAAAUGUAUUUAAUUAGUCAUUCUUGGGCUGCUGUUUCAUUUUAGCAGCUUAGCACUUUUUUAAAAAACCAACACAGCUUUAAGAAUAUAGGCUACAAAUGGUUUGCACUGUAUGUACUGUACUUUCAAAAAGUUUGCCUUGAAAUCUGUCAAAUCCAUAUAACAACAUGUACAUUUUAAACUAGGGUUGUCACUCUCUUUAACUAGGGUUGUCACACAUCCAAAAUUUCCCUGGAAUACUGCAGUCGGAAGUAGUGUCUGGGCAGAAAUCACAAAAAUGUCUGGGAAAAUCCGGACGCAUGGCAACCCAUGUUGGCAGUGCUCAACAACUUUGGGCAAAACUAAAAGCAGCUCCACACCUUUGGCCAAAACAACAACAACAACCACCACUUUUCUGUCUGGAUUUUUACUGUUUCAAAUAUGACAACUCUAUUUUAACUAAUCCUGCUCUUGUGACUUUCCCUAUCACUUCUUAGUUAUCUAAUCACCGUGCCCUGUGGUUGGACUUUUGGAAAGUUGUUCUACCUGCCGCACUUUAUCUCAAGGCCUUUGAGGUCAUCCUUCCCACCUUUGGGUCUCCAGCUUCAGUAGCAGUGGUGAGAUCUUUGGAACAGAGGAGGUAAGUGGAAAGGAAGCCUGUGAUGUGGUAUUGGGGCUUAACAAAACUAAAAGACCCUACCAUGAAGUGUGGCAGUGCUGGCAGAACAAUGUUAUAAGGCCACUCGUAACCAAUGCACUCUGAGGUUUAGCUUUUGGAAAGACGCAGAGCACAGACAGAGUAGGACCAGUGAAGGAUCAGGGCCUGGGUGGAGCUGUCCACUGGGCUGGAGGUUCCCAACCCCCAUCACCUCAGUUUCAGGAAAAGCUUCCACUGAUGAAUUUCUGUCUCAACAAAACAGGGCUGCUUGAAGGAUGCAGUCGGUGUGGGGGGUUUGGCAGUCCCAAUUAUUUAAAAUUAAGGCCUAUUUAAGUACAACUCAGAGUACUCUCAGAAUUAUCAUAUACCUGAAAAUUAAUACCUAAGUACUUAAAUUAACAGCAUAAAAAAUGAACGUGCCUAAUAGCCACUGGUGCCUCAAAAAUAUUGGGCUUGAGUGUUGGAAUGAAGGUUGCUGCAGAAGUAAUGACGCCAUUCUCUGCUCCUAUCCGACUACUAUAAAAUUUCACUGGCUCCUAAAUUUUUGUAUUCGUUUUUUAAAAAAAAUAUGAUUACAUGACUGUUAAUAAUUAUUUGAAUUUGCAUAGAAUCCUAUCAGGAAAAGAGCAUGGCUCAGAAUAUAUUAUUUGCAAAUAAGAAGUUUUUGGUUUCAGUACUUGUAAUCUCCAGCUUUAAAAACCUGGAGAACAGAGCCAUCAAAUGUCCAUCCAUCUGUGGUCAUGAGAUCCUACAGAAGUGCUGCUGGCAACUAAUAUUAGCCAGUUGUUGGGGUAGGUAGACUAUUGCUUUGAUUCAGGGCAAGACUGUUCAUUCACAUAUGCUGGGAUUUGCUACAAAGCUAGAGCUUCCAGAGCUUAUCAGUAUUGCUGUGUCAGGGCAGCAAGGCCAUAGUAUAGAACCUAGAGCUGCACAUAGCCCCCUCCACCCCCUCUGCAAGCCUGGCCAACCCAGGGACCACCCACCUUGCCCUGGGUCCAGCCAACAAUUUGGGGUGGGGCUAACGUUUAAUUAGGGUUCUGACAACUGCAACUGAGAUACUGUCAGGAGGGGUCAGGGGGAAGAAACACUGCAUCUCCUCUCCCAACCAAGAGCAAGAGGGUUCAGUCCUGCUAGGUGCUACUUCGCAAGCUUCAAAAAAGCAUCCUGCAGGCCACAGGACUGAAUCCUGAUGAGUGGAGGAUUCCAUCCUGCUAAGGUUUGCUUCCCCAGCACAUUCUCUGGGGAACGUGCUGGCAAAGCAGACUCCUGCAGCCUUUCCACCCAAUGCCCUGUCCCUGAUGGCUGCAGAUCACCCCAGAUGGCCUAACCAGGGCUGCCCCAACCCAACUCAGCCCAAGCCCAGAUGCCCUCUAAUCAGCCCAAUUUAGCCUGCAAUUUGGCUGAAUCUGGUGCACAGCCACAACAGAAACCCUAAGGGGUUUUCUUACUAUGUUUUGGAGUUGGGGAAUCCCUGAUGUAUAAAGCAAGACUAAACCAUAUCCUUUUGUUCUAGGAGCACACACACUCCCUGUGAAACCUGGGAUAGGUCUGCCAUAUAGAACUCUAAUAAAAGAAUCACCAAAUGCAGUUGUAUCCUGAACCAAAAGAGCAAUUGCAGCUGUGCCAAAGAAGGAGCUGUAUAAACUUUCUGAAAGUACAAGCAUUUGGACCUGUUAUUGUAAGUGAUUGGAACUACCGGUAGUUAAAAUGCUGCACUGCAACGACAUUACAGCUAAAAUAUGAACAAAAGAGCACAUACUUGGGAAACUUCAUUAUCAGUAGCAGCCGUGAGUUGUGACGCUUGUGUGCACUUUACUUGUGGUUUCCUACUUGCACUUUGAAACUUCACUGUGUGAUAAAUUACCAACAUUUAAGUUCUUUUCAAAAUGACAGGAUAAAUGUGUGCUACUUGAACACUUUCUCAAGGCCCUUUUUUGUGUGUGCAUAAACUAGUACUGAAGCAGUAGAGCCAUGGCUGGUGUGUGUGUGUGUGUGUGUGUGUGUGUAUACAUGCACUUUUAACAAAUAAAAAUACAUUAUAGAAGCAAAAUAUAUAGUUGAACUAUGUCAGUAUGAGUAGAAAAUAAAGAGAAUUCUCUGUGGUAUAAUUACAGUACAUACAUUUUACCAUUUCAAUUUAGAUUUGUAUCCAAGCAGAAAAAGUAAAGAUGGAAUUUGCCCUAAGGCUAGGAAGCUCAAUGAAUAGCCUUGGGAUAUCAGCCUAAUGUACCUUGCUGCUCUGUCCUCAUUUGGGUUGGGCAGAAAUGUAACAAGCACAUAGAUUGAUUUAGGCAUAAUUUGGCUGUAUUGCUAAGAAAUUAUCUGGGCCAAGUGGCUGAUCUCACAAUCACUGUUGUUUUGCUUGUGCCACAAGCAGCAUCGCAGCUGCAACAGGUCCAGUGCAAAGAUUGAACAAAUGAUAUUGCAAGCAAAUAAGCAUUCUGAUUGAUAGGUUUUAUUUUUGGAGGGAGGAGGACAUCAUGUAGCACAAAAAUGCUUUACGCUUCAUGUGUGAAAACUUUGGGUUAUGCGGCAGAUUAAUCUAUACCCCAAGCAACUGACAUUUUAGGAGAUGCUUCAUAUAUUAUAUAAACCAUAAACGAAUGUGGGUCUAAUCUGUACCUGUGCUGAAUGCCUUUAAGUAAGGCGACUGCUUCAUCAUGAGAACUGCAGCCACAUUCAUAAUAAUUUAUGUAUUGGUUUCAUGGUUACUGAUGAUUUAUUGUCAUAAGCCACCUUGAGAAUUGCCCGAGAGUCAGAUUCUGAACUUUAGUAUAAAUACGUUUUACGUAUCUAGGACAAGCCUUGACUCACUGCCUAGAAUCUCUUCAUUGAUACUAUCCACAGUUAACACUAAUUGGGAUUCUCUGUUCCAGGGCUUUUCUUUCAGCGGGAACCUGCCAGAACUCAGUCCCAGCCCCUCUCAGGUAGGCACCAUUGCUGUUGAGAUCCAUCACCUUUUCUUCUUGAAAAAUAGCACUGCUGUGUUCACCCAUGUUUCUAAAGUGGUUAAGAAAGCCAGAUUUUAAGAAGUAUCCCAGUUAUGGGAUACCAAAACAGAAAGCCUAAGCAGCAGGAUUUCCAGCAGAAAUUAUUACAGCUUUUAUUGCCUCACUGCAAAAUUAAACUACCAUGCUGGCUUUUGUAGACAGGAGUUACCUGUCUCCUUAUAGAUGUGCACCUUAUAGUUCUUUAGCAUUCAAUUUGUUCUAACUGUAUCUCUCAAGCAAAUCUUCUGUCUCAAAUUAGUAAAACUGGUCUGUGUGCAGGAUUUCUUGGUAAGCAUUCUGUGCACUGUAAAUAACUUUUGACACCGAAUGUACCUGAAGCACUUAAGAAAUUCCACUUAACCUAAUCUAAAAAACAACAGCUAUAAUCCAGCAAAAGUUAUCAUUUAUUCCUCCUGCCUCUGCUAUAGCCUGGAACGUGCCCCAAAGUGCCUCUCAAUCAAUGGAACACACAUCAUAUAUUUUGGCAUCUUUUGUUUUCAGAACAUGAAAGUAAUUGCCCCCUUAACUUUUUUACACGAUCCCUUUGGGAAGUGUUUUAUCUUAUAUAUAUAUAUAUAUAUUAAAUCCCACACACCAAAGAAAACGUGUUUAUUUAAAAACUUAUUUAUAUAUAAUAUUUAUUAUCAAUCCACAGGAUAGUUUGAUUGCUACAUAAAAUUCAUUAAAAGCUAUUUCACCUUUACAAACUGUAAAAAAGAAAAGAAAAAAGGAAAAAAAGGGAAAAAAAGAAAAAAAAGAAAAUGUGCCACAAAGAUGCGAUGGUUGCUGACAACCAAGUCACUGAAUUGUAAAAUUAUAAAUUUGCUGUAGAAAAGAUAAAAAAGUAAAACAAUUAAUAUUCACUUUAGAAUUUUACUUUGAAUAAAAUAUCCCACUGUAUAAAAAAAUAAAAAAGCUUACUCUGGUUAGAAUUAGAGUAUUUCUCUCUCUCUUUAAAACCUGGGAAUUUGCAUAAUAUAUCUGUAAUAGAUUUUCUUCUAUUGUACCACACAGCUUUCAAGCAUAGCAGAUUAGACAAGUAUAAGGUAAGCACUCUUAAAAACAACCUGCGAAAUGUACAGGAGGAGGUUUUACUUUCCUAUUUGAUUCUUUUUCCAUACUCCAAGGCGACAUUAGCCAGAAGAGCCCUGGGAAAGAGCGAAGUUGAGGGUGGGGAAGAAGGGACUUUAAGUGUGCCAUUAAUAAGAGCAAGAUAAUGAAAGGCCUUUUUUGCAAGUGCUUUUUCUUUUUUUCAAUAAGGUGCGAAAGCAGUCUGCAGUAUUGCUAGGACAGCACUGCAUUAUGUACAUAUUCACAACUGAUUCUGGAAAAAAACAAAAAUCAAGCAAGUUCACAUUUUUCUUUCCAUUCCGAGGUUUUCAGUUCCAUUGUGGCCUGAACUGCAAGAAAUGGAGGAACUUCAUUUGGGGAGGGGCUCUUGGUCCUCUUGUUUCAGCCUUGGAAUCUACCAGGGUGGCUUUCCUCUCCCUGGGCUGUAACCUUGGACCUCUGUCCAGCUUCACGUCUACAUUCUGUUGGUUGGAGUCCUGAGUUUAAAAUGCUCCAGUGCUGGAGUUGGACACGGUCGUGUUCCGCACUGUCAAGGCUCUUCUCUCUUCGGUUUGCUGAAUGUACAUUAGAUGUGCUCCUCAAAGCCACAACAGAGAAUCUGCCAAGAACCUGCCCGUUUAUGUGGCUUAGCUGCUCUUGACUCUUGACUGAGUAAUAUCUGACGUUUUCUUGAUGACGCUGGCCCGGUUCUCGUGAUCCGGUGGCCUGUUGCUGUUGCUGUAGCUGGUGGAAGCCGAGCACACGAUUUGUUGCAGAGGGAGCUCUGGGAAAGGCCACGAGCUGUUGUAAGGCAAGGGACAGGCUUCUUCCUUAAUGGUGACCUGGAGGUCAGGCUUGUUGGAAGUCACAAAAGUAGCCAUCCCAGGAAGCGGGUAAGGGGAGUUCCUGGUCCCCAAGUUGCUGUAGUAUUGUUUGCCGCCAACGUUUUCCUUUUGCCAGUGAAGAUGACCCUGCAGAGAAGAGACAAGAGGGUUUUAUUCAUCCCACAUACAACAUAAUCAGGACACCUCUUGCACUUGGAAAAGUCAUUUGUUGUAGAGGAGGCAAUAACCACACUUGUAGGAUGACUGUUGUCAUAGUGUUGAGGGUACAAGAAUGCAAGGCAGUUUCCUCUCUCCCUCAACGGUGCUCCAUAUUGCAACCUGUUUGUUUUGGGCCUUACUGACUCCCUUCCUUGCACAAUUGGCCCUAGGCUCCUUUGCUUGGCCAUGCCAAGUGAGGUGCGAUAAAAGGUCCUCCAGCAUGUGGCAGAAGUGCUCCUACACUGCCACAUGCACUCUCUUAUCAUCCUGACUUUCAUACAUCUGGGGAAAGUCUGGGUGUGCGUUUGUAGCUUCUUUAUGGCAACCGGAAACCCCCAAUUGCCCAGGGUUCCUGACUGCCUAGGCACCCCAUUCGAACCUGUCACCGACUACACAGUGGUCAGGGAGCUGGUGCACAUGCCAAUGUCAGGGGUGGAGCAAUGGUACACUCCCUCUCCUUGACCAUCCAGCUUCUGUGUGGUGAAGGAGGAAAGUCUACAGAGUUUCACUGACGCAGUACACAUUGUAAGCAUACAUAAACAUACACACUUAAGACUUAACCUGCCCAGUUGCAGGGUUGACAACAAAAAUCAGCUACAGAAGCUAUAGUGAAGAAUGUUUUUUCUCUCAUACAAGAAGUGACUGUGAGGCUGGACAGAAAUACUUUUGGUAUUUGCAGGUACCACAUGUGUAAGAAAGCUUUCCAUCAUGGCUAGGAGAACUUCCUGCCAUUGUGUUCAACCACAUGUGAGCUCAGGAAAUCCAAAAGUGGCAGCUUGCAACCAAGAUACGACAAACAAGCAAGCUACAACUAGCUUUCAUAGUCGGAAAAUGUUAUGCACAGUUGUUUGUUUGUAGCAGUACCCAACUGAAAGACUUCACUGCUCAUUUUGAAGGAGAAAAAAGUGUCCUAUUACAGAUUGCUGCAGCAGUGCAUUAACUUGCAAACACCAUGACUCCUGAAGUGUGAAGGUAAGCAAAAAGACAUGCAGUUUUCAAUGAUAAUUAGCUACACCUGGUGCAGAUACACACCAGCCCCAAUGGCUGUUCUGGGUCAAAAAAAGCACCCCAGAACACUACGUAAGGAAGCUUUGGCCUCUUCUAGCCUCUGCUGACAUGGCACAGCAGUUGUGCAGCACAACUGUGUCGUGCGGGUGCUAGAGAGGCCCUGAUCCAGCAAUGCUGGCACCCGGAGAUUAAUGCAAGGGCACACUCUUUGCAUUGAUACCAAGGCACCUUGAACUGAUUGUAUCAACUUCUACCACAACUCGGCCCAAUUUGCAAGCCCAGCUGAGCUAGAAUGCUUGAAAAAUGCUGCCUCUGGAGUAAUUCUAAGGUUUCUCCAGCAACAGGGUUGCUACUGAGAACUGCUUGUGUGCGGCUGGCGCUCCAGAGGAGUUGUGCUAACUUUGAGAUUCCACUUCCCUCGUGGAGAAGGAGCAGCUGCAAAGCAAAGUCCCCCAGGGACUUUGCGUGUAGAAAUACCGUCUGCUGUGCUAGGGCCGAAAUAUGAAAACGCCUCGUCAUGGCUGUAUUUUUAGUACUGCUUCGACGGUUCAGCAUCGUAAGCUGAAGCAAAGUGGUUAUAGCCAUUGGCUGAAGCAGAGCGUUUAUUUAUUUACCACGUGGGUGAGCAACAUGGCAUGGUUGCCUCUGCUAGCAGCAUACACCCCUGGGGGCUUUUGAGUAGAAAGUGAAUGGCUCUUAAGUUAAAAUCCUUAAAUUUUAACACCCCAAAACCAUCUCAGUUAUUUCAGUGGCCCUGCUCUGAAGUAGGUUCUGGGAUAGCAGUCUGUGGAACUCCCUCCCCCUUAAGAGGCCUAGUUGGCUCCCACCAUUUCAGUCUUCAGGUGAAUGCUGAAUACUUUUAUUUUUAUUUUUGGCCAGGCAUUUGGAUUAUUUUAAUGGUUGGGUUUCUCUCUGCUAUGCUAAUGCCACACCAGUGUUUUAAUCUUAUGGCUAUGGCUUUAAUUUUAUUGUAUAUUUUUAUUCUGUUGUGGGCUGCCUCCAGGGCCUUUGUAGAUGGAAGGAGGGGCAGAAAUUCCUAAACCAGCAAACAAACACCUCUACCUUGCUACCAUUCAAUUCACAGAAGAAAUGGACUGAAGCAUAUUAGGGAAGGGGGC